CCAUUCUACUGAAGGUUUCAUCCUGUUGAAGAGUCCUCCUAUUGUCUCAGCAGAGCUGCUCAGACAGAAUCAUUUGGGGUUGUUGGGCUUUGCUGUAUAAUUUUUUCAGGUCUUCACCUCACUGUGUGAAGUGAGAUUGUGUAUUUUUGUGUUUUGGCACUAAAUAAAAAACAACAACAACAUAAAACUGAAGGGAAUAAAUGUUAGAAAAUCAAUACAGACAAUAUUUUUGCUUCUUUUAAAGAAUCUGAAUGUUUCUAAUGAAUGUAGAAUCGAUAUGCCCAGGACAAAUCUUUUAACUUUACGAUCAUUAUUUCCAUUACUGAAAUAACAUCAAAUCCCCAAUCACCAGGGAUGUAAGGGUUAAGGGUACUAAAAAACAGAAUGUUUAGUGUGUUUUGUUCAAAUGAAUGAACAAACCUUCAUAUGAUUCACAUGUAAACAAUAAAACAUGUUUGCAUAUAUUCACAUUUAAACACAGAAGCUGAUUUUAUGUUAUCAAAAAUUACAUCACCACACCUCAAAACAACGUAUUUUAAUCUUGUCAGAUUUGUGAAAUGAUUUCAGUGCUAUCUAAAGAUUAUAAGGCCAAUAUCAAGCAAGGAAACAACUAUAAGGCUGUGUCCAGUGGUCUGGAGGGGGUUAUAUUACCUCAGGGGGGCGUCUUACCCGGGUUUAAGAGCUAUAAUACGGGCUAGAUUAACCCGGGCUCACCGUGUUUACACACUGAGGUCAUGUUGUUCAGGUUCGGUGUCAUUCUCACUCCGGACUGCUCGGACGUGGAGGUCUUCGUGUCGGGUUCUCGGGUGGAAAUAGGCCACUGGGACCCGGACAGAGCGGUUCGGCUGACCGCCUCUCAGAAGCUCCCCUCCUCGCAGGAACCGUGUCUGUGGACCGGCGAGGUGCAGCUGGACGAGCCGGUCAGAGAGUCUCUGUGGUUCAAGUUCGUGCAGAGAGUCCGAGGCUCGUUUAUCUGGGAAGGUAGUGGUCCACAUCAUGACAGAUGCUGUUCUUAUGAUGAGAGGAAUGUGGUGGAUGGAGUUUACUGCCACCCGAUUGGUCACUGGAUCGAGGAAACGGGACACACAGACGAGAUGAGACACACCACCAACUUUUACUUCAGUGUGGCCGGUCAGAAGGCCAUGCAUUUCUCCAGGGUGAUGCCUCGUGUUUGGCUGGGCAGCUGCCCUCGACAGGUGGAGCAUGUGACAAUAAAAAUGAAGCAUGAAUUGGGCAUCACUGCAGUGAUGAACUUCCAGACAGAGUGGGAUGUGGUGAACAACUCCGAGGGCUGCAGACGAAACCCAGAGGAAGCCAUGACCCCAGAGACCAUGAUGCAUCUAUACAAAGACUCCGGCCUGGUGUACGUGUGGAUGCCGACACCUGACAUGAGCACUGAGGGCCGGAUCAGGAUGCUUCCUCAGGCUGUCUUCCUGCUUUAUGGUCUCCUGGAGAACGGUCACACUGUCUAUGUCCACUGUAACGCUGGAGUGGGUCGGUCCACGGCAGCUGUCUGCGGCCUGCUCAUGUAUGUCCUCGGCUGGACCCUGAGGAAGGUGCAGUACUUUGUUGCAGCAAGGAGGCCGGCGGUGUACAUAGAUGAGGAAGCUUUAGUCCAGGCUCAGGCAGACUUCAUCCAGAAGUUCGGCCAGCUGCGAUCAUCCAUAUCUUACUCAGAGACAUGAGAGCUGAGUGUCUUUAUGCUGACGUCUUUGAGCAGAAUUCACAUUUAUGGCAAGAUCCACUGGACUUUGGGGAAAAUAAAAUGAAUUAAACCUAAAAAAAACUUCCUGAGGUGUGAAAAAUCAUCCUGCAUAGUCAGCUAGGAAAGUGCCAGAGGGUGAAAUAACCUGUAUCAAGUAAAUUAACCGUUUUUUCUGCUUAAACCUAAUGCACGUAAAUGACCCACUCCAGCCGAGUUGCCUUCCAAAUGUGGUUGAUCCCCAGGUAUCUUUCUGCUGGCUGCCAACGUAGAUGUUGCAAGCAAUUAAUCUUACUGCGAUGUAUUAGCUUUUAGCACCAACAGCUGCAAUUUGUGCACUUGGAGUCAGCUGAGGAUACCGUUAGUAAUUUCAGUAGAUGUCUGCGGGGGUGUUCAGAAAAACCUUUUUCCUUUAGCCUUUUUUGUAUUAAUCAAUAAAUAGAGUUGACAUUUAAAGAAGGCAACUUUUAGCGGAUGUGUUAAACUGCAAUGAGUGAAGGGAACAUGCAGAAAAAACAAAUACUAAAAAGCCGCUGUGACAAAACUGCAAACAUUGUGCAAGAAGACAGGUUAAAUAUUAAGAGAGAUCUAAAUUCUGCUUCUCUUUUCAUUGUUUUUUCUACAUCCCCUCCGGCAUGCUGUGCUCUUCAGGAAAGGAUGAUUCCACAGUUGCUAUUUCAUGACUUUGUAUCAUUUUCGAGAAUCCCCUUUUUAAUUUCAGGAGGAUUUUAAUUUUUUUCUUAUUUGGGAGAAGGGUCUGAAUGCUGCAUGGAAAUGACACUCCUUACUGAAGCUGCAAAUCAAUUCUUAAACUGAAAAUGUCAACAAUGCCUAUUCCUCUCUGUCGGGGAGAUAUUUGGCUCCCAGACGCUGAAGAAUACAGCCCCACCCCAUCUCUCUCUGAGAGCUUGAUAGCAUUUCAUCUUCAUUCAUUUGUCUGACAGAUGCUGUUCCGAUCCAUCUAGUAAAUAACAAAAACAACAUCCCUUUCAGACCAUUUUAAUGCAUACAUAAUAAGCCAUUAAGACACAGAACAUUGUUUGUUGUCAAUUUUGAACUUUUAAGUAGACUCUUAUUUAGGAUGUAUUGCUUAUUUUGCAGGGUUUUGGCUACCUUUCCCUGAUUUAAGAAAGUAAGUGACCUAAACAUUUACUCAAGUCUUCUAAAGUUUGAUUACUUUUCAGUGCAGAGCGUCUAUUUAUGGAGGUGUCGCUACAGAUGGCCCUUUGCAAGCAGAAGCAAAUCAUCAUGGAUUUUUCUAAUAUUAACAUUCUAAAAAUAUUCAUAAAACUGAAUGUGACAAGCAAAAUGCUUUUCUCCUCUGUUUUGAAGAAGCACUACUGUCUUUGUACUGGGCCAAUAAAAACACAUCAGAAAAUACCAACAUUAAAAGUGCUUCGUUAUAUUUAGAGAAGCCUUUUCAAACCCCAGAACUAUUUUCUACUUGGAUUAUUCUAUCUAGCACUAUUUUUGUUUUUGUGUAAAACUUGUCAUACCUGCUCAAUCAGUGGUAAAAGUUUACAAAAACAAUCUUAUUAAAAGUUUUUGUGAUCAACAA